GUAACACAGUGCAGAUCACGUGACACGAGCAUUUCCUCCAACAUGGCGGCCGAUCGUGGGUCGUAGCUAAGUAGCAAGAAGCUGAAUGUUGUAGCCAGGAGACACUUCUCUGAUCUCACGCGACCGUCGCUCAGUUUCCGCUGAGCGUCAGACACACACCAAGUCGUCCACAGGUUGCUGGUUCGAUUCCCACUGAGACAGCAAGAUGCCAGGGAAACUCAACGACAGCGUCAAACCAGGAGACCUGGUGUUUGCCAAGAUGAAGGGCUUCCCUCAUUGGCCAGCCAGGGUCCGCAAGGAUGACAAGGGAAACAAGAAGCGAGUCUCAGUCUUCUUCUUCGGGACUCAUCAGAUAGGAAGUCUCCCAGUGGAGAAUGUCGUUCCUUACGUCGGGAACAAGAUAAAGUACGGCAGCGGCGUUCGCAUCAAAGGCUUCACUGAAGGAAUGUGGGAAAUCCAGAACACACCCAAAAUCGGGAGUAGAGGCAAAAUCCCAGUAAAAACCUACACACAGACGACACCUGCUAAACCGACGUCUGUAGUGAAAGCCACACAGGACAAAGUCAAAAGUUCGUCCAUCAGAUCAUCUCAGAGUAAACCCGUCGCUGUGAAGGUCGACCGGAAAGUUAGAGCUUCUCCGAUCAAAGCUUCAAGUCAAACAGAAACGGUUCCUACACGAGCCUCAUCAAGAUCCGCUCCAGAGCAAACGGUCGAGUCCACACAGACUCCUGAGAAGACGUCCACAGAUUCCUCAGUGAGGACGAGAAGAAGGAAGGUCGAGUCAGAGGUGACCACAAGCAGCGAUCCGCCAGCAGGGGGCAGCAGAAGCAAAAAUACUGCAAGGGAUGAAAAGGAGACGACAGCAAACGCGUUGAAAACUAAAAUCUCUACAACAACCCCGAGCAAAGUUAAAGCCGAGAAAAAAACUCAGAGCGUCGUCAAAGCUCUGACCACAGUGACAGACGACAAAGAUAAAACAGAGGCGACAAGUUCCACUAUGACCAGGAGCAGAAAAGCUGAGCCCAAGGUCGUUGCACAGCAGCUCAGAAAGAGAACAGCUGACAGUCCUGCAGCGACCCCUGCAGCUGGUAAGAAAGUGAAAAACUCUGCGUCAGUGUCCAGAGAACAGAGAGAACAGGAGGAGGAGAAGAGUGCAGCAGAGAGUCGAGGAGUUAAGAGGAGGAGAGAAGAAGAGGAGGAGAUAAGAAAAGAGAAGACGACGGACGAGAAAACAGCUGAGGUGAAGUCCUCUGAGAGACAAGGAGUGGAAAGAAAGGAAGAGGAGAAAGUAAAACAAGAUGAAGGUGUAGAAGGAAAGAAAGACAUGAUGACGACAGAAACUCAAGCAAUGACGACGAAGCCGGCCGAGAAAGAAAAGGAGGAUAAAAUAAACGAAGGAAAGAAAGAGGAGAGGACGAUCAGAGAAACAAGCCCAGAGAUCGAAGGAACAAGAAGCACGAGAGAUACGGAGGCAACAAAGAAGGAAGAUGAGGAAAGAAAGAAAGAGGAGAUGAGAAGAAUGGAGGAGGAACAAGUGAGGAAGAGGAUAGAGAAAGAGCAGGAGGUGAUGAAGAAAGUAAAGGUGAUGGUGAGGAUUGAAAGUCUGGAAGAAAUGAAGAGAAAGACGGAGGUGAAGAAAAUUGGACCAAUGUCAGAGAGGGAAGGGAGGACGAUAGCGGAGAGGAAGAAAGGAGAGGAGAUCAAGAAGCAGAUGGAGGAGAGGAAAACAAGAGAAACAACAGAGCGAGAAGGGAGUAUGAUGAGAACAGAGAGAGAUAUAGGAGAGGGGGGAAAGAAAGAAGAGAUGAAGAAGAAGACGGAGGAGAAGAAAACUGGAAAAAUGUUGGAGAGAGAAGGGCGGAUGACGACGAGGAGAACACAGGAGGGAAAAGAAGAGGUGAAGAAAGCUGGAGAAGCUUCGGAGAGAGAAGGGAAGAUGACCAGGAGAACCGAGAGAGAGAAAGGAGAGGAGGGACAAAAAGAAGAGAUGAAGAAGGUGAAGGAAACUGGAGAAACGUCGGAGAGAAAAGGGAAGAUGACAAGGAGAACCGUGAAAGAGAAAGGAGGGGAAGCAAAGAAAGAAGAAAUGAAGAAGAUGGAGAUAAAGAAAACUGGAGAAGGGAGGAUGACAAGAAGAACAGAGAGAGAGGAGGGAAAGAAAGAAGAGAUGAAGAAGAAGGAGGUUAAGAAAACUGGAGAAACGUCUGAGAGAGAAGGGAGGAUGAGCAGGAGAAUGGAGAAAGAGAAAACAAAGGAUGAAGAAGAGGAGGAAAAGAAAGAAAAGAGGACAAACAUAAAGGAGGCGGAGAAGAAAACACAGGAUGGAUGUGAAAAAGGAAAGAAAGAGGAGAUGAUAAAGAAUGUGGAGGAGGAGACAACUGGAGAAACAUCAGAGAGAGAAGAGAGGAUGAAAAGGAGAACAGAAGGAGAGGAGGGAAAGAAAGGAGACAUGAAGAAGAAGAAGGAGGUGAAGGAUACUGGAGAAUCAUCAGAGAGCGAAGGGAGGCUGACAAAGAGAACAGAAGAAGAGGAGGGAAAGAAAGAAGAGAUGAAGAAGAUGGAGGUGAAGGAUACUGGAGAAACGUUCGGGAAAGAACAGAGGAUGACAAGGAGAACAGAAAGAGAGGAGGAAAAGAAAGAAGAGAUGAAGAAAAUUGAAGUGAAUAAAACUGGAGAAGCUUCGGAGAGAGCAGGGAGGAUGACAAGGAGAACAGACAGAGAGAAAGGAGAGGAGGGAAAUGAAGAAGAGAUGAAGAAGAAGGAGCUGAAGGAGCCUGGAGAAGGGAGGCUCACAAGGAGAACAGAGAGAGGGAAAGGAGAGGAGGGAAAGAAAGAAAAGAUGAAGAAGAUGGAUCUGAAGGAGCCUGGAGAAGCAUCAGAGAGAGAAGGGAGGAUCACAAGGAGAACAGAGAGAGGGAAAGGAGAGGAGGGAAAGAAAGAAAAGAUGAAGAAGAUGGAUCUGAAGGAGCCUGGAGAAGCAUCAGAGAGAGAAGGGAGGAUCACAAGGAGAACAGAAGGAGAGGAGGGAAAGAAAGAAAAGAUGAAGAAGAUGGAGCUGAAGGAGCCUGGAGAAACGUCACAGAGAGAAGGGAGGAUGACAAAGAGAACAGAGAGAGAGAAAACAAAGGAUAUAGAAGAAGAGGAGGAAAAGAAAGAAGAGGAGACAAGGAGAAAGGAGGUGGAGAAGAAGAAACAGGAUGGAAGUAUAGAAGGAACGAAAGAAGAGAAAACAGAAGACACUUCAGACAAAGGAAGGAGGACGACAGGGAGCACAGAGAGGGAAAAAACAAAGCAUAAGGGAGAAGAGGAGAGGAAAAAUACGGAGGAGGAGAAAACUGGAGAAACUCUGGAGAGAGAAGUGAGGAUGAUGAGGAGAACCGAGAGGGAUACAACUAAUGAUGAAGGAGAGGAAAAGGAUAUGGAGAAGAUAAAACAGGAUGGUGGUGUCGCGGGGAAGAAAGAAGAGCUGAAAAAGACGGAGGAGGAGAAAACUGGAGAAACUUCGGAGAGAGAAGUGAGGAUGAUGAGGAGAACCGAGAGGGAUACAACUAAUGAUGAAGGAGAGGAGAAGGAUGUCGAGAAGAAAAAACAGGAUGGGGGUGUCGAGGGGAAGAAAGAGGAGCUGAAAAAGACGGAGGAGGAGAAAACUGGAGAAACAUCCGACAAAGGAAGGAGGACAACAAGGAGCACAGAGAGGGAAACAUCAAAGCAUGAGGGAGAAGAGAAGGAGGAGAAAACUGGAGAAACUUCGGAGACAGAAGUGAGGAUGAUGAGGAGAACCGAGAGGGAUACAACUAAUGAUGAAGGAGAGGAGAAGGAUGUCGAGAAGAAAAAACAGGAUGGGGGUGUCGAGGGGAAGAAAGAGGAGCUGAAAAAGGCGGAGGAGGAGAAAACUGGAGAAACAUCCGACAAAGGAAGGAGGACGACAAGGAGCACAGAGAGGGAAACAUCAAAGCAUGAGGGAGAAGAGGAGGAGGAGAAAACUGGAGAAACUUCGGAGACAGAAGUGAGGAUGAUGAGGAGAACCGAGAGGGAUGCAACUAAUGAUGAAGAAACAAUGACAACUAGAGAGAAGGAGGAGGUGCAGAAAAGAAAACAGGAGGGAGGUUUAGAAGGAAAGAAAGAAGAGAUGAAGAAGACAGAGGAGGAUAAAACUGGAGAAACAUCAGAGAGAGAAGUGAGGAUGACAAGGAGAACAGAGAAGGAACAAACAAAGGAUGAAGGCGAGAAGAAGGAGUUGGAGAAGAAAAAAGUGACUGGAGGUGUAGAGAGGGAAAAAGAUGAGAUGACGAAGAAGAUAGAAGAGGAGAAAACGGGAGAAAAGCUGGAGAGAGGAGGGAGGACAAUGAGGAGCACAGAAAAGGAGAUGGAAAAAAGAAAGGAUGAAGGCAAGGAGGGAAAAGAAGAGGCAACAACGAAAAAGAACGAGUUAAAGAAAAAACAGGAUGUAGGUGUAAAAGGAAAGAAAGAAGAAACGAUAAAGAAGACCGAAGAGAAACCUGGAGAACUGUCUGUGAGAGAAGUGAGGAUGACGAGGAGAACCGAGAGAGAGAAUAAGAAGGAUGAAGGAGAGGAGGUGACAAUGACAGAGGUGGAGAAAAAGAAACUGGAUGGAGGUGUAAAGAAGAAGAAAGAAGGGAUGAAGAAGCAGACAGAAGAGGAGAGAACUGGAGAUAGCUCAGAGAGAGGAGGGAGAACAACUAGGAGCAGAGAAAAAGAGAAAACAAAGGAUGGAGAAGAAGAAAAGGAGAAGGGCGGAUCUCCUGUGGAGGAAGAGCGACAGCGCCACCUGGCGGCCAAGAGGGAGAAAUUGUUAAAAUCUCUGCGAGGUCUGAUGCAGGAGGGAAGAGGAGUGACGAGGAGGAGGGAGAAGACGAAGAACACGCAGAGAGUCGGGGACGUAGCAAAGAAGAUCGAGAUCAAAAAGAGAGUAAGUCAGAGGAGCGUGAAAAACGUUGGAAAGGAGGAGGAGAGGAAAAUGGAAAAAACGACAGACGUUAACAAGAAAGACGAGAAGAACGAGAUGAAGACGUCCGACCUCAAGACAACAGCGGAGAAGGCAAAGAGUAAAACAACAGGAGAACUGACGACGAAAGAAAAGCAAAGUGGACAGAAGAACGAAGACAAAAAGAACGUGGAGGGAAAGAAAAACGAGGGAGUGAUCGAGAAAACAGGGGAGGAAAAGAAGAACGAGGAAACGCAGCAGCAGAAAAAUGAAGAAAAGACGGGGGAGAGAAAAAUAAUCGGAAAGAUCGUGAAGGCGACGCCUGGAAAGGGAACAAAGUUUCAGGUGAAGACGAUGAUGGGAGGAACACUGGCGGUGGCGUUGGAGGAUGACAAGAAGAAGAAAGAAGAGAGGACAGACAAAAAAAUGAUAGAGGAGAAGGAAAAGAGCUCAGGAAAGGUGAAGGAGACGGAGAAAGAGAAGAAAUCGGAAGACAAAAAGAUGGAACUGGGCUCAGAUGUUGAGAGUGUAUCUGAAAGAACAAGAGCAACGAUGGAUGACAAAAAAGACAAGAACACAACAGAAGAAGAGAAGAAGAAGGGCAGUGAUGAGGAGGAGAAACAGAAGAAGAGCAGUGAUGAGGAGGAGAAACAGAAGAAGAGUAGAGAUGAAAAGGAGAAACUAAAGAAGAGCAGUGAUGAAGAGGAGAAACAGAAGAAGAGCAGUGAUGAAGAGGUGAAACAAAAGAAGAGCAGUGAAGAUGAGGCAGCACUGAAAAAGAGCGAAGAAGAUCCAAAAUCACAGAGAGCGACUCUGAAAUCUCAGGAGGAGGAGAAGAAGGAAAAGGAGGUGGAAAAAACAAAAGUACAGAAAAAGAAAGAGGAGAAGGAGCCGGAGCAGAAGGACGAGGAAACCACGGAGGAGACAGAGGAGGGGGAAACUCAGCAGGAGGAGCAGACGCCACAAGCAGAGGCAGAAACCAGCAAAGAAGCAGAACCAGAGAAGAAGAGCGCAGAUGAAAAGGGUGACUCAGCGAGAGGGAAGGUGGAGGUGAAGCAGCAGAAGAAGAAGAGUUCGACCAUGACGCUGACGGACUCGACUCUGCACAGAAUCCACGGGGACAUCAGGAUUUCUCUGAAGACCGACAAGCCGGACCUCAGGAAGUGCCUGACGGCGUUGGAUCAGCUCAGCAUGGUUUACGUGACGUCUCAACACGUCCAGAGACACAGCGAGCUCAUCGCCACGCUGAGAAAGAUGCGUUCCUACAAAGCCAGCCAGGCCGUCAUGGACAAGUCCUCAAUGCUCUACAACCGCUUCAAAAACACCUUCCUGGUCGGGGAGGGCGAGGAGGUGGUGAGUGCCGCCUUCCUGCGCUCGCUGCUGGAGGAGAAGGAGCGGGAGGAGGCUGAGAGGGUGGAGCUCUGCAGGAGGGAGGGAGUGAAGGAGGUGAAGGAGGAGAAGGAGAGGUUGAGGAACGACGGAGGAGGGGAGGAAGAAGAGGUGCAGAUAGAAAAUGCUCCAGUGGGCUUGUCCUGAUUGGUCAAUGCUCCAGAAGUCGCCUGGACUGAACCAUUUCCCUGCUGAGGGGUGUUGAUGUGAAUCCGUUUCCCUGACAAUGAGAAUGUGCACAACCGUUUACCUCAUCACACAAACACACAACAGUUUAUCACCUGCUCAACUACUGGUGCUUAUGUCCUGUACAGUUUGUGUUCAUCUUUAGGUGUCGUUCAUGUUUACGUGUAAACUCUCGUUAACGUUCAAUACGCUUGUUCCACCUGUUUGUGUUGUAGUUGUGUUGUAGACUGACUCACACUCACCAGGACAGUGUUUGUUCUUCUUCCACUAAAACACUCGUUUUUAAGUUGUAUUUUAAUCCUGUUUUCCUCAGAAUGUUAGAUCAGAACAGAUGGCUGAUGGGAAAGUCUGGUUUUAUUUAUCACGUGCAUUUUUUUUAUUCAUCAGGUCGAACGUCACAAGAGCAGAUUUGAACCUGACGUUAAAGCAUUAAAUGGCCUCAUUAAAACCUGAACGUUCGUACUCACACUGCUGCGGUGGAUGUAGUGCCUUGCUCAUAGGCACUCCACAGCAGGUGACAAAGGGUUGUAGCUGUUAAAUUGAAACACUUUGUACAAGUCAAAUGUUUUAUUGUGUAUUUUCUUGUGACCCAGUGAGAUGUUCCUGUUCUUUGUUUUCUUUAAAUGUCUGUUUUGUAUAUUUGUAAUUUUUACCACAAGUUUUUUAAAUAAAAGUGUCGCACAAA